UUUCUAAUUUCAAUUUAUUUUUCGGGGUUCACGGUGUUUGACGUUUGAAAGCAGCGGCGAAAGAGAGGCGAGAUAUCAGAGAUGGGAGUGACAAAGGAGGAGUUGGAGUCUUCCCUCACAUCAAAGCUCAGCCCUAUUCAUCUCGAAGUUGUUGAUACCUCUGGAGGGUGUGGUGCAAGCUUUGUAGUUGAAAUAGUUUCGGCACAGUUUGAGGGAAAGAGAUUACUGGAGCGUCACAGAAUGGUGAAUGCUGCUCUUGAGAAAGAGAUGCAAGAGAUCCAUGCUUUGUCCAUAACGAAAGCAUUAACUCCCGAGCAAUGGAAACAACAGAAAGAUUCUGAAAAUUCACAAGCCGCUGCUUAAAGAUGCUACUACUCCAAGACAGUUUGAUGCAGCUGAUAAACUAGGGCCUGAAUGUACUUGGUGAUAUAGCAAAUAAUGAAAGUAAUGCUAAAUUGCUAAUUAAUCUAACACUCUCGAAAAUACUGUAGAUUAUUUGGUGACCCUAAUCAAACAGUGUAAUAAUAUACUUCAACAUUAACUAAAUUAAAUGUUGUUCUACAUCAAAUGCUGAUGGGGUGCUUUCUUAGGAGUCAUAUUUGUAUACAACUGGUUUUGCUGUCUGAA